GCUUUUCAGAUCACGUGGCGAGAACCGCAGCCAAUCGCGUCACCCUAGCAACCACCCCCCCCCUCCUCCCUUAGCAACGGUAGGCCUCAGGCUUAGCAAGAUGUCUGACGUGAAUGGAGGAGGAGGUGGAGGUGGCGCCGUGUCGGCGCUGGAGAAGCAGCUGCUGGAAGUGGCGGUGGCCGUGGAGGAGCGGGUGGACAGCGCCAUCCGGCAGAUGGACGAGAUGGGGGAGGAGGAGAUGGAGGCGCUGCGCGAGAGGCGCCUGCAGGCCCUCAAGAAGGCGCAGCAGCAGCAGCAGGAGUGGCGGUCACUUGGACAUGGUGUGUACAGUGACAUUGCCGACGAGAAGGCGUUCUUCAGCGAAUGCAAACGCUCACCCCGAGUGGUGUGUCACUUCUACAAGGACUCCACCCAGCGCUGUGAGGUGGUAGACGGCCAGCUGGCCAAGAUGGCUCCGCUCCACCUUGAGACUCGCUUCCUGCGCCUGGACGUGAGCCGGGCGCCCUUCCUGAGCACCCGGCUCCGCCUCCGCGCCGUGCCCACCGUCGCCGUGGUGAGGGGCGGAGCCAUCUCCGACUACGUCAUCGGAGUCGCCGAGAUGGGCGGAGCCAACGGGGCCAGGCCCAGCCCCCAGCUCAGCGCGGCGGAGUUGGAGCGACGGCUCGCCGCAGCUGGGGCCAUCUUCCGGAGUGACGCUGCUGGAGACCCCCCAGGCAGUGGUGGUGGUGCCCACCCCCCACGCACCACCUUCACCCACGCUGCCAAGAAGACGUCGAUCCGGGCACAACACCGCAACACCGCUGACUCAGACUGACUCAGACUCAGACUGACUCACUCACUCACUCACUAGGACUCACUCACUCAGACUCACUCACUCACUCAGACUGACUCACUAGGA